UUGUAUCACGAGAGGUGUUGGCUCACUUCUGGAUUGUCCACCGUAGAAUACGGAGAUACUCCACCAACUACUCAGUGAUCUCGACAAAAUUUAAUUUUAACUAAACAAGUAUCACAACAAAACUAAUAUUUAUUUAGUUUUUACUCUUCAGAAAACUCGACGAGAUGACCUUCUUUCGGACGCGGCUUUUCUGCGUGGGAAUCGUUGUCGUAGCAGUUGAAUCAUUAGCUACUGGAUUAUUGGAAGAUGUUACCAAAGCUGAUCAAAUUAUGCGACCUAAAGCAAAGCGAACGCAAGAAAUUUUGAUGUUCGGAAACCAACAAAACCGACGAAUUGAUAAUGUAGCAGCAGCAGCGUCAGCAAAUGUUGAAAAAAGGACACUUGGAGCUUCAGGAUUUGAAGAUGUAAAGGCAGCUUUAUCUGAUGAAGAGGGAUUCAGUGACUACAAACAACCCUUGAACCCACUGUUUGAACGUGACAAUCUUUCACCCUACGAAAAAAAUUAUCUAUACGGCAAGGUAAUGAUGAAUGAGGUCAACGAUGAUUUACCAAGAAACUGGGAAAUUCCACCGUACCCACGGUACUUUAACUACGGAGAAGACCGUCGUAAAAGAUCCGAGAAAGCCGGAAGUAACAAUAACUCCAGUCCUUCAUCUACAGCUCGCCCAACGCAAUCAACUCCACCUCCAUCAGCAACAACAGCUUCUCCUCCACCCGCAACCACCCGGAGUACUCAGCGUACCAGUUUAGCUCAAGCAAAACGAAGCCCUCCUAUUUAUUCAGAAUUAAGGUAUAAACGAGCUCUAGACCGUGAAGAUCUUUUAGCUUUGCUGUCCCUUUGGGAAAACAGCUCUCGUAACAGGAACUGGAGGAACUACGGCAAUGAUGAAUACGAAAAUAUAGAAGAUGAUGGCAGCGUUGCAGGUCUGGAUGAUGAAGAUCCACGAUCUGGUACAUGGUUAGAAGAACCUGUUUACUCUCCGCACCACUUUAAUCUUAACUCAGAUGCUGUACCUUCGGAAAUUGGUAUACCAAGAACUCACCCAGUUAAUCCUUAUGAACAAUACAACACUCAGUAUGUACCUCCCUAUGAAAAUACGCAGUACGGAGCAGCUCAAUAUGGUUCAUUGUAUCCUCAACACAAUUAUUACCCAUCUGAGAAAAGGUUUAUGGUCGCACGAAAACGUUCUCAGGGGAACGAUUUCUAUACCGGUCACAACCGCGAUGACUUCGUAAGCUUUUCCCCGAUGAUGAACUCACUACCUCAACGAUAUCUCAAUUAUCCUCAACGCAUGCUUUAUUAAUUCAAUUAAUCGUCGCUCUAUGAUUCUGUUGGAAACAAGAAACAAGAAAUAAUGGUCAUGAGUUAUGAUUCAUUUGCAUAAGUCCAGGUAUCUUCAGAUUAACGUUAACAAGUUAUACAGAAAUAACUAAUAUAUAUUAUUUUUAAUUUCAAUUAUCUUUACUAAUGUAAUUAAAAAAAAUAAUAACGCGGGUCUGGAGAUUUCUGACUUAAAAUAAGAUUGAAACCAUUACGUUUACAAAAAAUAUUUACAUGGUGUGUCUUAAAUUUAUAACGUGAUUUUUGGAAGAAAGACUAAGGAUCAAGAAAUGAAUAAAUACAUUCAUGUUACUAAUUAAUUAUUACAAAAUAUACAAAUUAUUAUAUAUGAAGUAAAUAA